UCGGUAACAGAUUCGUACCACGCGUUCUAUUUUCCCAAAAACACCGUAUCCCUAGCGUUCAAUAAACAUCUGAAAAUUCUUAAGUGCGGAAAAAUCAAUUGUAGAAAAAUAGGUGGCUAAGCUAGCAAAAUGAUACCGCGGCUAAAAUACCAAGAUUUGGAGACGUUAUCCUCGUGGAAAAAGGAAGGAAUUGUCGAAAGACUACUGUCGCCACUAUGACCACUCCAAAGGAGCUGCGCCACCACCCUAAAACCUGUGCAAUGUUAAAAAUAGUGUCUUCCGUGUUUUGGUGUUCAACUGAAAAUAGUGCCCGUCUGGGGUUGAGCCUGUAGAAGGCUUAAUGCGAACGGGUUAAAUCGAUGCAAUGGUGCCUGUUUUGUGCCGAUUGGUGCAGUGAAUUAAGAUAAAAGGAGGCAAAAUAAAUACAGCGAAAUUAUGAAAAUUCGACGCCAAUUAGGUCAAAAGGAUUUGGAAAUCAGCUUAAUUCGACUUGCCUGAUUCGACCAGUUUGUUUGUUUAUUUAUUCCUCCUCCAAUCGAUAAUCCAGGAGAUCGCGGGUUCUGUGAUUCUGAUUUGCUUUCCUCCGUUUCGGUGAAAGUAGUGUGAAUUUGUGAAGUUUUCAGUGGUUAAGGAUUAAGAGGAAAUCGCCAGCAACAUGCGAAGAAAUGUUAAAUUGGUCGCCUUCGUGACCAUUCUCUGGAUGUUCUUCAUGGUCUACUACUUCCAGACGAACAGUGGAAAGAUCGAAAAUCGUGCACUACGUCUCCGCGAAGUGGCCACAGCCGCCCAGCAGUAUCAAGAUGACCAGCUAACCGCAUCCUCGUCGUCAUCGUCCACCUCAACACAUAGCGUAUCGAAAAAGGUCCUUCAUCAUAGUCAAACGCAACCGCAAACUUUCCCAGGCUUAAACAUCCUACAACAUAAAAGCCUGGGAUUAAGUGGAAUUGGAAUUGGUGGGUUAAUUCCUGAAACAUCGCCACGUAUAACAUGGGAUUACUUCGAUGAAGUUGGCUAUGUACAAAAGGGAGGACUACGACUAGGCGAAGAUCCUUACGUACGAAAUCGAUUCAAUCAACUGGCGAGUGAUUCAUUGCCAAGUAAUCGGGAGGUGCCUGAUACACGGCAUCCCAUGUGUCGUACAAAGGGAUAUAGCGAGGAUUUACCGGAAACUAGUGUCAUCAUUACAUUCCACAACGAAGCCAGAUCUACCCUGCUCCGAACAAUAGUGAGCGUCCUAAACCGAAGCCCCGAACAUUUAAUCAAGGAAAUUGUGUUGGUGGACGAUUUUAGUGACAAUCCUGAAGACGGCUUGGAAUUAGCUAAAAUCAACAAAGUCCGCGUCAUUCGAAAUGACAAACGGGAAGGGCUGGUCCGUUCUCGUGUUCGUGGUGCCGAAGCUGCAAAAGCUGAAGUUCUUACAUUCCUGGACAGUCACGUUGAAUGCAACGAAAGAUGGUUAGAACCACUCUUGGAUCGCGUAGCCGAAGACCCAACUCGUGUAGUAUGUCCUGUAAUAGAUGUAAUCAGCAUGGAUACAUUCCAAUAUAUCGGAGCAUCAUCCGACUUGCGUGGAGGAUUCGAUUGGAAUUUGGUGUUCAAAUGGGAAUAUUUGAACCCACAGGAACGGCAAGAACGCGCAAAAGACCCAACCAGAGCUAUUCGUACGCCAAUGAUCGCUGGCGGCUUGUUCGUUAUAAAUAAGAAAUAUUUCGAGAAAUUAGGAAAAUACGACAUGAAAAUGGAUGUUUGGGGCGGGGAAAAUCUGGAAAUAUCAUUCCGUGUAUGGCAAUGCGGUGGCAGUUUGGAAAUCAUUCCAUGCAGUAGAGUCGGACAUGUGUUCAGAAAAAGACAUCCUUAUACAUUCCCUGGAGGAAGUGGAAAUGUUUUCGCUCGAAAUACUCGGCGAGCAGCGGAAGUUUGGAUGGAUGAAUAUAAACAGUAUUAUUAUGCUGCUGUGCCGUUAGCGAAAAAUGUGCCGUUUGGAAACAUUGAAGAUAGAUUAGCAUUAAGAGAUAAACUACAUUGUAAGCCAUUCAAAUGGUAUUUAGAGAAUGUUUAUCCUGAACUUCAAGUGCCUGAAACACAAAACGUAGGAACGUUGAGACAAAACCAUUUUUGCUUAGACACGCUGGGACACCUUAUUGACGGUAUCGUAGGACUCUACACUUGCCACAACACAGGCGGUAAUCAAGACUGGACAAUAACAAAACGCGGUCAAAUCAAACAUCACGACAUGUGUCUGACUCUAGUCAAUUUCAUACGUAGCUCGCAUGUUGUGCUGAAAUUCUGCGAUGAUUCGGAAAAUCAAAUGUGGAAAUUGCGAGAAGGAGGCUUCAUACAACAUGCCAAAAUGAAUAUAUGCCUGGACUCGCUCUACGUCCAUGAGCGUGGCAUCACAGCCGAACGCUGUAACACCGAAUUAGAGACACAAAGAUGGCAAUUUGUCAAUAAAUUUUCAUGAGGUCAACAUUGAAAAUUAGAUGACACCAGUGCGUAGAUUUUUCCUACUUAUACUAUGUGUAAUGUGUAUCUUUAAGAUGAGAAAUUCAGUCAAUCAUUUGUUGUAUUUUACUCCUUUUCGUUUUCUUAGUCGAAUUACUUAUGUACGAGUAUGUAUACCAUCGCAAGGGAAACGUUACUCUGAUAUUAUUCCAUUAUUAUUAAGAGUACUCGUAUAAAAAUGGAAAUGUGAUUUGCUUGAAUUGUAUAUUUAUUUUCUAUGCAAUGUUUUAUUUGUGGCCCGUCCUUUUCUUGUGUAUAUUUGUAUGUGUAGAUGUGUCAAAAGAUGAAUAUCAUAUUUUUUAUGUUGUAACACAAAAUGGAUAAAGAAAUAGACAGGCAGACAGUUAGCAAGCGACGGAUAACAUUUCUUGUUUGGUAUUUAUUAUCUCUGGGGCUUGGAAUUACGAAUUUCCUUAAAUUAAUUGAUGAAUGCUUCCUUUUUACACAAAUUAUUAUCUGCGUUGUAUCUUAGGAAGAAGUGAAUUAUGCCAUUCUUGAAGGUAGGGUGUAAUGAAGUCAUACAGGAGGCCAGUCAGUGGAGUAAAUGGAAUUUUUAGCGACCUUAAAUAACGCUGAUGUUCGGUAGCGCAGAAAUAUGUAACGUGUCUAUCAUUGCACCUUUCCCAAAAGAUACAGCGUUUUUCUAGGAUAUAAAGUUACAAUGCAAAAUACUACCGUAAAAUUUAAAUAUGCUACUAAUUGCAUCACUAACUGGUCUAAGAUUCGUGUUAAGCAAAACGUUUAUUUUUUUACCAAAUUGUUGCCAGUACAAUUUUGUUCCUUUUUAAGUAAGCGAUUAUUUGGGAGAAGGUUUUAUUUCAAUAAAGUUCCACCUCUUUACUUUGAUAUUUUUUUGUAAAUUUUCUUACUUUUGCCCCUUUAGAUUAGUAACAAUUAUACGGCCAUGAAUUUUAUCUCUUCCUAUACAGUUUUUCGCUAGCUACUUGCCUCUCUCAAAGUAAUUUUCAGUAUCUAAAUUUUUCCUAAACCCUAAUACAUUCCAAAAAGUAUUCUAUAUUUGCUUUCGUAAUUUUAAAUUUCUUUCAGAAAUCUCGUCACUAUCUACUUAACUUUUAGUUUAAAAGAUUUAAAGAUUCCAGUUUAUCGCUUUGUUUUCUAUGACUAACAAACAAUUAAGAAUGUUAAUUAAAAAACAUGAAUGAAUAAAUGCAAACUAUAAUUAGGAAAUACAAUUUGUAAAUAUAUAUGACAUAUAAAUAAUAUUAGGGAUGAUGAAAUAUAUAUGCAAAAAAAGAAUAUAAAAACAGGAGUCAAAAGUUAUGAAAAUAUACAAAAGUUAACUUUUUAAAUUGAAUGUAAAUUAUCAAAAAAAAAAGGAAAAAAAAAACAUAAAAGAAAAAACAAUUUGUAAACUGACCAUCAAUAUGGAUAAGUUCUUUAAAAUAGACAUUCGGAGAAAACACUAUUGAAACUAAUGCGAAAAUGAAUGUAUGUAAAUGUUUCCAGUCUAAAGUAGUAAAAAAUUCACAAAAAAAAUUGGCAAAAAAUAAAUAUUGUCGAAAUUCAAUUGAAAAUAUUAACAAUAAUAUAAACAUUGUCUAUUAACAGAAAACAAAUAUAUACAUAUAUUUACUUAAGAUGAAAAAAGCUGUUGAAAUUAUAUAUUAUAUUGCUAUUAUGAGAAUAUUGUUCAUAGCAAAUGAAACAGAGAAAUGAAAACUGAAUAUAUAUAACUGUUCACUUGGUAUAAAUGAACACAAGUCGUAUUACUUAAGUGCGGUGCUUUUAAGUUACUCUGCAAAGUCACUUUUCUUUCCAAUCUCUUUAGUGUAUCUUUUAAAGGACUUUCGAAUUACUCUUGCUGUACAAACUAUUAGUUUCCGUUUUCGAUUUUUCCAUAAUUUUUGUAUUUUAAAUAUUGCAAAUAUAGUUAUAUACAUUUUUUGAUAAUA